UUGGUAGGAGCAGCAGUGUGACAGACUCCCUCCACAUUUUAUCUUAAGACGGAUAUCACUUGUUUGUCUUGCAGAGGUGUAACAAGAAUCGGAGUUUCAAAGCCUGAUUCUUGGAAAACAUGGGGAACGAAACAUCCAAGAACAAAGAGCUUACCAAGAAUGGGAGCAUUUCUGGGAAGCAUAACAAUGGAUCAAUUAAUGGCAUCUCUACAAACAUCAAAUCUAAUGGAGUGGCGACUGUUGAAACAACUGAGCCGGACUACAUGAUAGUCGAAACCGACUCUAAAUCUGCUGCAGCUCCGAUUAUUUCUGAGCUCCUGGAAACCAUCAUCCAAAAGGAAGAAGUCAAGGAAAUAAAUGAAAGUCCACCAGAUGAAAGUCUUCCUGCCCCCAAUCCACAGACAGGGACAGCUAACUUAAAGCAAGAAUCAGAAUCACUACCGGAGCCGGAGAGUGUGACUCUAGACCUGUGUCCAGUUGAAGAAACAGCUCCUGAAACUGUCAACGGAAACAUUCAACCGGUGGAAACCCAAAAGGCAAGCAAACCAGAGGAGAAUCCAGUUAUGAACUUCUUCAAAAAAAUAGUGACUCUCAAAGUAACCAAGGAAACAGCUACUCCUGAAGCCACAAAAGAGCAGUCCCAGGAGUGCCCACCAGUGACAACCACUACUGUUGCACAAGUAUCUGAGCCGCCCCCAGCACCCAAAGGGGGGAUGUCUAUCCCACCACCACCUCCUCCAGAGCCACCCAAAAUGGAAAUCAAGGCAGAACUAGCUGCUAAACCUGCCAAACCCACACUCAAAGAAGAACCAAAAGCUGCUGGAAAGUCACCCAAGGCCUCAAAAGGAUUAUCAGCCAGAGUCAAUCUGAGCAAUCUCUUCCGUCCAAAGAAAGUCAAUGAUGAACCACCAGAGCCAGAAGUAGAGGUAGAGGUACAACCAGUAGUAGAAGUACAGGAGACACCAGAGGAGACACCAGAGCCAGUUGUAGAAGUCCAGAGUGAAAUUAAUGUUCAACCCACUAAGACAGCAGAGGAGGCUGCAGAGCCAGUUGUAGAAGAGCAGAUGGAGGAAGAGGUACCACAGCCAGUGGUAGAAGCUGAGAAGGUGGAUCCCUCAAAAGCUGGCACCCUGGAGGCCGCCUUGAAACCCGAACCUCCACCGCCUGUUCAGGAAGAAAAGAAAACAGACUCAAAGCCAUCCUUCUUUUCCAUGUUCAAGUCCAAAGCCGCUGACCCCAAGAAGGCGCCCCCUUCCCCCGCUGCAGCAGCAGAGACAGUGAAAGCCAAGGAGGAGCCCAAAGCAGCAGCCAAGUCAGAGGCGGUUGUAGAAAACAAACCCGCUGCAGUGGCCCCUCCAGCUGGAGAAGAUGCAGCCCAUGCUCCCAGGAAACUGGAGAAGAGGAACUCCAUCCAUUCGUUCUUUAAAACUCUGGGUCAGAGACGUAGCUCGACAGAAGCCGGGGUCCAGACGGAGCAAGUCCCUGCAGCUGCAGCUGAGAAGGCCAAAUGAAACCAGAACCAACAGUGAAGUUUCCCUGUACAAAACCCCUCUAUCUUUGUUGCUCUUACUCAAUCUUUAUAUCUUUCAACCCUAUUGAGUUACUUUAACUACAUUUUUUUUGUCUUUGUUACUGUUUAGUUAAAAUAUGGAAAGAAAAGUGACUGAAAGGGUAGAAGCAAGUCGAUAGAAAGUCAAAGUUGAACAAGUUGUGAUUUGAAAUGCUCAAAGGCGAGGUUGUUGAGAUAUAUAUAUAUAUUUUCUGGUCAUAUACAUGUCUUGACUUAAAGUAAUGUGAGUGAGAAACGUUUUCUACAGACAUUUAAUGUGACUCACGGGGUUUGAGCAAUAGACAGGACCAGGCUUUGCUUUUAGCAAUAAGUUUGUCAAAAGAAAAACAGGUUCAAGUUUUAGAAGGGCGGGAAAAACCUUGGCAAUGCAGAGGUUAAUAUCGAACGAAUAGCAACAGAAGUACUUUUAUCUAUAUGACAUUAUAAGAACAUAUUCGUAUAACAAACUUCACUUACAUAUUAUUUUAACUUGAUGUAAACUAAAGCACAUACAUACACAUCCUAACAGUCAUGUAUUGGGCCAUAUGGGAAAAAUCACAAUCUUUACUUAUCUGCACGGAAAUUAUUGUAAACAAAAACAAAAUGGUGUCAUUGUGCAAAUGUGUCCUUGUGGUGCGCUUUGCCUCAUAUAUCACAGUGGCUUAGCUUUUUAAUUUGAUUACAGCAUGUCAUUUAAAAAGACGUCUUAUGGUGUUAGUUAUUUGUUUUUCGACAUAUGUGCAAUUAAUAUAAAGCUUUCGUUUACCUAUAUGUAUGUAUGUGUAACUUCAACUAUCUUAAAAGACAAUAAAUAUGUUCACUGUU